UGACAUAUUGCAAAUAUGGUCAAGACAGGGUUGGACUGUCGUGGCGGGGGUAGAAGAGGUUGCAGACUUGCAGUCUUAACGAAGGCGUCCUCCCAGGCAGCCCCGGUCAUAAAAGCGCUCCAAAACCCCACAGAAACUCGUCCACGGGCUGCGCUCGCAAUGGAUAACCCGCCAGUCUCUUGUUUACCGACCAACGCCAAAAUGUCGAAGGCGAAAAAGACGAUCGACGAGGCCCGGGCCAUCAACAACCCGGAGCUGGAUCUCUGCGACAAAGGGAUCGCCAAUUUCGAGGAGAUGCCCGGCCUCUUAAAUAUGCUGAACAUAUCAAGACUGACUUUGACGCACAACAAAAUUCGGGUCGUACCACCUAGUCUGGCCAACCUGAUCAACCUCGAGAUCCUGAAUCUUUUCAACAACCAGAUCGAAGAGCUGCCGACUUCGUUGUCGUCCAUGCCCAAACUGAGGAUAUUGAAUGUCGGGAUGAAUCGUUUGAAUGUGCUGCCAAGGGGCUUCGGUGCAUUCCCAGCCCUCGAAGUCCUGGAUUUGACUUACAACAACCUGAAUGAAAAAACCCUCCCAGGCAAUUUUUAUAUGUUAGAAACGCUGCGAGCUUUGUACCUGGGUGACAACGAUUUUGAAUAUUUACAUUCGGAUAUUCGCAAUUUAAAAAAUUUGCAAAUUUUAGUGCUCAGGGACAAUGAUUUGAUUGAGAUCCCUAAAGAAAUCGGAGAGCUGACGAGGCUCAGAGAACUUCACAUUCAGGCAAACAGGCUAACACUCCUGCCUCCUGAAAUUGGCAAUUUGGACUUCACAAGUGAAAAAUCGGAAUUCAGGCUUCACUUGAACAACUGGGUUACACCGAUUGAGGACCAGCUCCAGACUGGUAUCCCUCGUCUCAUGGACUAUAUAAGAUCAGAUAUUUAUAAAUUUUUGUACGAGAGGCAGAUACAAAUCAAAAGUCCUCCGCCAGACAAGAUAGUCGACAAAAGCAAAAAACUCUCUAGACUCAGAAGUUAAUAAACAUGGGAUAGCUCCUGCCGCCUUAUUAACCAGUGCCUUAAUUCCCUGGAAGAUAAUUAGUCUACAAUGUUCUUUAUUUAUAAAGUUAAACUGUGCUUCCAAGACAUGAAAUGAGUUUGUGUUCACCAUGUCCUUAAAACUCAACAUCUCGUGUGAACAUGACAAGUUCUUGCCUAAAUAUAAAAUAUUAUAACUACACGUAUUAAAUCACAUUCCUCAGCUUUGUUCAAUUUGAAGCUAAAGACGUUUCUACCUCAGGUCUUAUAGCGUCUUUCAUCAGUUAAAUUCAACGCCUAACUAGACAAUUAAAAAGUCAUGACAAAUUUGCAAUGGUGCCAUUAUUAUUUUUAGUACUCAUGCACUAAUUCGAGUACUUUAAUAUUAAUUUUAAAUGAUUACCAAAAUGCUAUUU